AAUAAUAAUCAAUCAAUUUACCAUAUAUAUAAUAAAUACCAUUCCCUGAAUCUCAAGAUAACACCACACUGACCACAGUAGUGAUGGAAAGUAAAGCCAAAGUAAAAAACAAUAAUCUAAUGUUCUACUCAUCCCGGCCCCUCCGCCGUCGCCGGAAUUUCAACCGCCUAUUCGCCGUAUUUUACUCCUCCGCCAUCGCCGCCCUGCUCUACCACCAUGGGAGGACGCUCCUCACCCACCCCACCUCCUUCCUCGUCUCCCUCGGGAUCCUCGCUUCCGACCUCAUCCUAGCUUUCCAGUGGCUCAACUCCCAGGCCUUCCGGAUGAACCCCGUCGCCACCGAACCCUACCCCGAAAAACUCCGGCAGUCUCUGACUCGGGCAGAGGACUUCCCGGCGCUGGACGUGUUCAUAUGCACGGCCGACCCGCUGAAGGAGCCGCCGAUCCAGGUCGCCGGCACAGCGCUGUCGGCGAUGGCCUACGACUACCCAGCUGAGAAACUGUCGAUCUACGUGUCCGACGACGGAUGGUCGGAGCUAACCCUGUUCGCUUUGGCGGAAGCCGCCGAAUUCGGCAAGUCUUGGCUGCCGUUCUGCAAGCAGAACCGGGUCACUGCCCGCUGCCCCGAAUCUUUCUUCGGGUCGGACCUUUGCUCCACAUUUGAAGCCCGGAAAAUUAAGGAAAUGUACGAGAAGAUGAAGGAAAGAGUAGAGGAAGUAGCUACUACAAAACGGAUACCCCAAGAUCAUGAUCACAAAGCAGCCAAAGCUUUCAGCCAUUGGACCCAAGCUUUUACUCAGCACUCUCAUCCUCCUCUCAUUCAGGUUCUUGCACAAACUAGUGAGGAUAAAGAUGUUGCAGGGUGUCCCAUGCCAAACCUUAUCUACUUAUCCAGAGAGAAGAGCUCCCUCAGAGCACCUCUCCAUCAUUUUAAAGCAGGUGCCCUAAAUGCUCUGCUUCGAGUUUCGGCAGUUAUGACAAAUGGGCCGAUGAUUCUUACAUUGGAUUGCGACAUGAUCUCCAAUGACCCUUCCACCCCACACAAGAUGCUUUGCUACUUCAUGGACACUAGAUUGAAGCCCAACUUGGGAUAUGUUCAGUUCCCUGUUUGUUUUGAUGGGCUCAACAAUGCCGAUAUUUAUUCGUCUGAAUUUAAGCGCCCUUUUCACAUCAAUCCAUUGGGUAUGAAUGGCCUCUCGGGCCCUGACUACUUCGGAACCGGCACGUUUUUUAAUCGCCAAGCCUUUCAUGGCAAUCCAUCGGUGAAGAUAGUGCCCGAAAUCCCAGAAUUGGACCCCGACUAUGUUGUCGAGAAACCCAUCAAUGAUGAAGUCAUUUUGGGCCUGGCCCAUGAUGUGGCCCGUUGCGAUUUUGAGAACCAAACCGAGUGGGGCAUCAAUGUAGGGUUCUUCUACGGUUCACUUGUGGAGGAUUAUUACACGGGCUAUCGGCUACAUUGCAAGGGAUGGAAGUCCGUGUAUUGUAGCCCGAGUCGGGCAGCAUUUUUGGCCGAGAUGCCUAUUUCUCUAAGGGAUGUUGUGGCCCAAACCAAGCGAUGGUCCGUUGGACUUCUUGAAGUGUCUUUGUCGAAGUAUAGCACAAUAAUCUACGGUCCAAGAUAUCUCGGCCCAUUAAUGGCCCAUUGUUACUCUUACUAUGCUUUCGGGCCAAUGUGGUCAAUUCCUAUAUCUAUCUAUGCCUUCCUCCCUCAAAUCACUAUGCUCAACAAUGUCUCAAUCUUCCCUAAGGUAUCAGAGCCACGGUUCUUCGUGUACGCCUUCCUCUUUUUAGGUGCCUACGGACAAGACUUGAUAGAGUUUCUCCUAGCGAAGGGGACGGCAAUAAGAUGGUGGAACGAUCAACGGAUGUGGCUCAUAAGGGUACUCUCAUCCGACUUGUUUGGAACUAUAGAGUACACGGGAAACCAAUUGGGAAUCACUACAAGAGGAUUUGAUGUGACCAACAAGGUCGAUGACAACAACCAAAGGAAAAGAUACAAUGAAGGGAAAUUCGAAUUUGGAGUUCCCUCUCCCAUGUUUGUGCCGCUGACGGCAGCUGCAAUAAUAAAUCUAGCAGCAUGUUCUUGGGGAAUAUUGCAAGUACUUAGGGGAAAAUGGCAGAAUGAACUGAAUGGACAAAUGUUGCUUACAUGUUUCGGAGUAGCGAAUAGUUGGCCAGUUUAUGAAGCAAUGGCGUGGAGGACCGACGAAGGAAGAAUCCCCACAAGGAUUAUUUGUACUUCAGCUCUUCUUGCAUCGGCUCUCUUUGUAGUAAUCUCUGUCAUCAUAAACAUUUAAGAGAGAGUGAGUUCUGCUGUGUAUAGCUUAUAACAUCAAUUGGGAUCAAUGUAUAUAAAUAAAGAAAAGGCGAACUUGGGGGUAAUGAUAUAUAAGUAUUCAUUCUGCUAGUACUGGA